AUGACAGCAACAAACAACAACAGCAACUAUAUCGUUUCUGAUGAAAAAGUUAUUGAUUCAUUAGCUAAGGAAUUAGUUGUGGCAGAAACUAAAACCCUCAACGAAAGAAUUGGUGAAAACAAGAUUGAUUUACAUAACUACCUCAAACACGAUGGAGGAAGAGGAAGGAAAACUGGUAUGGCUUUAUUAGUAAAUAAAAUUCAAAAUUUAACUAUUAUAGAUGUCGAUAUCAAUAAAUCGUACAAUGAUGAACUUAAAGAAACGGUUAGAAAAGACAUUCUAUCAAAACUUUCGGAUAAAGAUGUUAUCGUUAAAACCGCUUCAGGAGGUCUUCACAUUUAUUGCAACACUAAUUUCUUCUAUUCAGUUUCGAACAGAAUGAUUAAAUGUUAUUCCUGCAAUGAUUAUGAUAUUGAUAUAAUGACUUCUAUUGAUGAUUCAAAACGUUCAUUAGUGGUUAUGGCUGAUUCAAGAGUUCGAAAGAAUGCAACAGAACCAAUCAAUACAUACUCAUUCAUUCGUGGAAGUUAUGAUUCAACAUUAACUAGAACAGUGAAUGAUAUAUUAAAUGAUUUGAAUAUUAAGGUAAGAGUUGAACAAAAGAACGAAGAAAUAAAGACUAUCAUGAAUGAAAACAAAGAUGUAAACAUUGACGAUAAACUUGCCCAGAGCAUAGUUGAUGGCAUCUGUGAUUUUGAAGUACAUAAUGACGGUGGAAACAUGAAUUUAGAAAAAGAAGUUACAUUAUUCACACUGUUUCAAGCUAUUAAUUCGUUACCUAAUCAUUUAAUUAAUGAAGCCUACGAUAACGUUUAUAACUUCUGCAGUUUAACAGAAAAUGCAAAAAGUAAUUUUGAAAAAGCACGUGGUAGAUAUGCACAUUUAAUGACUUCUCCAUUUGUUUUGGUGAAGAUUCUAAAACUAUAUCAAAAAGAAUAUUAUGAUGAGUACGUUUUACCUUUAUUACGUAAGCCAAAAAUAACAUUUGAUAUAAAACUUGAUGACUCGUUUUUGAUAACAGAUAUUAGACGCAAGGCUGAAAAUCAUCAGUAUAAAAACAGUUCUGAAGUAAUUGAGGAUUUAUCACGUGUAAUCCGUUUUGUAGAUUGUGGAAACAAAUAUUUCAUUCAAAAGGACUAUAAUAUCCACAACAAAAUGAAUCAAAUAUCAUUCGUUCUUCAAUCAAACAUGAAAGAGUCACUUAAAAUGAUUAAAUUAUUUAAAGAAGAAGGUAAAACAAUAACAGCAUGGGAUGUACUAUUAAAUCAAUUAUCUUCAUUAACCGUUAAGGGUGUUUGCUUUAAAUCUGAUUCCCCAGAUGUUUUCUCAACGUUUCAGGGUUAUAAAUACAACAUUCUCGAAAAGCCUGAUUACUCAAAAA